AUGAUAGUUUGGAGGCUCUUCAGGUUCACAUUCGCAGUCACGUCACACUGGAUUCAGUGGCUUACUUUACCUUCGACAAGCCGCGAGAUGAGUUGGAUGGCAGGCGACCUGGGACCGAUGUUGGGCGAGGCGAAGAAACGAUUGGCCCGCUCUCAGGACAACUUCCCAGCUGGUGGUUACGGAAAGGGUCGACAUCGCAGACAGCGGAAAAAGGCAGCAGCCCCAGUGGGGGCCACGGGGUCAGCAGCAACAGCAGCCAAUCUUACCGAGAUGGAGGUCGAGGGCUCCGACUCGGAGGACGAGACAGCGCUGAACCCAGUCAAAGGCCUUCUCAAUGCACACCAGCGGGCUCGAGCAUUGGAAGGAUGUCUCUUGUCUACACAUCUGGUGCCGAAGGAAUUCGUGAUAAACCCUCAUGCACUUGGAGCAGCGCAGAUGUACAUGAAAAAGCUCGACGACGGCCCCAAUGCCCAUCUUGGCCCACCGUCGCUGAUGGCUGCUAUGGCAGUCUUGGAUUUUCUCUGGCGCCGCAAGUAG